GUUCACUUAAAUUCCAAAAUGGUCGAGGUAACGGGUGAUGUUUUGAGAAUUUUACCUGCGUCAUAUUCACUGUGGAUUGCAUUGAUUUUAUCCGUGGGAGUCUACUUCCUCGUCAAUUUUGGGAUUGGAUGUUUUCGACAACGGAGGCGUGCUGCAAAAUCGGUUGCUGGUAUUCCUGGCCCUCCCGGGCACUGGCUAAAAGGACACCUUGACUACGUAAGUUCCAAUACUCUCUAAUCAUCCAUAACCAAGUGCGCGCUCAACUGAUAUCACACUGAUAUCAAGUCCUUUAAGGUUAUUUGGGGGCAGACUCGUUAAGACUCGAAUCAGGAUCAGAACUUGGCGAUGAAGAUCAGAAUCGAUCUUCGUAAAGGAUCAGAAUUUGACAAAGCAGAAAUGAGCCCAAUGAUUUCGUAGCAAAUAGAGAUUAAAAGAGAUUCGAGUCACUUAAAUACAAAAUUCCACUUGCACUUGGAUUUAAGAAAAGAGAUGUCGCAAGGGAGGGAUGGUUGGGGGGGGGGGAGGGUAGGGGUUCUACCAUUGAGUGACCAGUUAACACCGCACCCAAGGCAAAUUACUGAGAUAUCUUGGGUGUAACUCCCCGAAGGGUAUUGGUUUUUAGUCCUUUUAAGCCUGAAACGGGUACGCUCUUGUUAUGAAAAUGGUGUACGCAGGAUGUAGAACUUCCAAAAUUCGCUGCUUUUAAAGACCUGUCACAGAGUAGAGUAGAUAAAGCGCCGAUCUCACAAAAGUAUUGCCAUUCUAAAAAGUCAUAGAAAACCUUUAAACGGUCCUCACGAGUCAUGAAAUGUACUAGCAUUAUUUUUGAUAAGUAAUCUACGAAACGCUUGUCAUAAAUCAUUUUUACAGUUUUUAAAGGUUUUUUGGGAGCGUCUCUUACGAAUUGGAGAAACUUCACUUCCAUCACCCAAAACGGGUAAUAUUAUCACUUUGAGUAAUGACUCCAGGGGGGGAGUACUCCCUUAGAUAAGCUAUAUAGGUAUGUGCCGCCCCAUCAGGUAGGGUUUUUGCCCCGUUUUGGACUGAAAACGGGUAUGCACUUUGUCCAUUUGGUCUGGAAUCGAGUGUGGUUUUCGAGAGAACUACGGGAGUGUAUUAACGUAUUUAUCGUUUCAAUUCUAAAUGAGUAAGAAAGAAAGAGAAAUAUGGGAAUUCGAAAUGGAUUUGAAGAAUUUUUUUGUUUGCGCUAUAAUCUAAGUACUGAUAACAUAAUUUCGGCCUAAAGGCCAGGUCUGGCAACGGGUAUGAAUUUUAUAUAGGUCUGGUCUGAAAGCGGGUGUGGAAAAAUUAAAUUUUUUUGGUCGGGUCAGGAAUCCCACUAAUGAUUGGAAUCCUUAAUCCAAGUUCCACUGACAAAGAAUCCGGAAUCCAGUACCUGGAAACCAGAAUCCAAGAUCCAAGAUUCCCUUUCUUGUGACGAUGUAGUCACAUCACUAAUUUCUAUGAAAUAUUCUGUCGCCAGGCACGGUUCGACGGAGCCGGACUUAAAUUCCACGUCAAGUGUGCAGCUGAGUUUAAGACGUGUUACAGGCUCUGGUUUGGGCCUCUCAGGUCAGCAGUGAUCAUCUGUCACCCUGACACCAUCAAAGUGGUUCAGUCAACCAAUGCGCCGAAAGAAAGAUUUGUGUAUGAUUUUGUCAGACCAUUUCUUGGUAAGGGUUAGCCUAAACAGUUUUGAUUGGUAGGGCUACAAGUUUUCUAUAAUUCCGUUUCCUACACUAUCUCAACAACACAGAACCCAAAAAAUUAUGUGCAUCUUUAUCUACUGCAAAACACUGUUAACUUCCCUUAUAAGCACCCCCCCUCUUCCUCUCCGCCAGUUAAUCUACCUGUAAACAACAAAAAAUAUACAUCCGGUUAAAAGCCCCCAGGGAUAGAAGCCCUUCCCACUUAUAAGCCCCCCGCCAGUUAUAGGCCCAUUUACCUGUAAACAACAAAAAAUAUGCAUCCGGUUAAAAUCCCCCAGGGAUAGAAGCCCUCCCCUCUUAUAAGCCCCCAGGGAUAGAAGCCCCCCGCUGGCAUGUAUUGAAAUUCGAUUUUUACGACGUUUUGAAGCUUAGAGAAGCGAGUAAAUUCAAAAAGUAUUUGAAUCAGCACCGCUAUGUAGCACUUUGAAACGCUAGUCCGGUUAUAAUCCCCCCGUAUAUAAGCUCCCCUUCCAUAAUCCUUCCUAAAGCCCCUUAAAAAGUAGUAAGUACUAAAAAGCUUUCAUUUGAAUAGUCACAGUUCAGGAUCUCAUUCAGACUCAAAAGUUAAAACAUCCACCAUGUACAAAAUGGUGAAUAUUGGGAGGGGGUAAGGGGGUCCAGCCUACUUCCGCUCGUCAUUUAAGCACUGUUCAGUAAUUCCCCUCUAUCUCUCCCGCUUCCCAAGCUAUUAGAACUCCCAUCUCCGCCCUUUCCUCUCCCAUCUACCGUAUCCCUCCCUGGCUCUCAUCCGGGCUCCCACCCCUUGUCUUCCCCCCGCUAAACGACAGGGCAAAUUGUACAGCUCAGUAACUAUUCUGGGUCAGACACACUUUACGAGUUCUAGACUACUCGCCCUUUAAUCAGAUACCCUACUGGUCUUUUUUUUCCCAGGGGAUGGUCUGGUGACAUCCGAAGGAGAAAGAUGGUUCCGUAUGAGAAGGCUUCUUACUCCAGCUUUUCACUUUGAAAUUCUCAAACCAUACGUUCGGGUUUUUCAGGACUCUACAGAUGUUCUCUUGGUAUGAUCUCAGUUCAAAUACUGUUGCAACAAAUGCGUUAAGUGUCACGGGAAUUGUAGCUUGCAUAACCUCGAUCUUUCAAUUGUUCUUUCAGAAAAAGUGGUCCUCGCAGGGGAGUGGUGAGGUGGAGUUGUUCCAUCACGUGAGUUUGAUGACGCUGGAUUCUAUCCUCAAAUGUGCUCAUAGUUACGUAAGCAACUGCCAAACACAAGAGUAAGUGAUGAGCCUUAAGCGUAUGUUAUUUCUAACGCUAAUAACUAAUCAAAUGAGCUAACGUUGUUUCUUGUGUUGCUUCUUUUUUUCUCUUGUUUAGGGACCAAGACCCAUAUAUCGCUGUUGUCUACGAAGCUUCAAAUCAGAUUCUUAACAGGCUCAUGUAAGACAUUCAUUUCACGCUUUGUUCGCUUUUAUUCUUUUUAUACACAAGGUAACCAGGAUUUCGGAAAGGGAGAAAUUUUUUUCUUUGGAAUCCAGAAAUGCACUCAGGGAAUCUGGAAUCCUGCUAUUGGAAUCUGGAAUCCCGGAUCCACGUUCCACUGCCAAGGAAUCCGAAAUCGAGUUCCUGGAUUCCAGAAUCCACAGUGUGGAAUCCAGGGUCCAAGACUUACAUGGGGCGAAGAGAAAAAAUCAGCAUCAUGGACGUUCAAUAUCAAAUAUGUAAGCUGACAUGACGCUUGCUAGUUAAAGUGAUUUUUCGUCAAGACAGUAUCAAACUUCCUGCCUGGCACUCCCCUCUCUUCCCUUUGAUAGUUUCAUCAUCAACACCCCCUGCCCCCACCCACAGAGUCUGGGACGGUCGGUCAAUUACCUGUUAACCAAACUAGAGAAGGUUAACCAUAUGGGGCCUUACCCCAUACAUGGGGCGAUUCUUUGAUUUUUUACUCAUCCAUGGUGGUUUCACGCGUACCAUUUUCUAAUAUAACAGGAAUCCUCUUCAUCAUGCGGACGAAGUCUAUAAACUAACCCCCGAAGGAAGAAAGUUCUUCAAGAAUUGUGAUUUUGCGAAUACCAAAGCACACCAAAUUGUCAAAGCUAGAAGGAAAGCGCUUCAUGACGACAAUGUGAGUACAAAUUUAAUCAUUUGCGUCAUUUCAAAAUAAAACUUGUCGAAAACGUUUCCUUGUUUAACAGUUCUCUCAUAUAUAAGAGUUUCUCUUUCCCCAGCAGGAGGAUAAAAAACUGAGGGAAAAGAAACAUUUGGACUUUCUCGACAUUCUUUUGAAGGCUAAGGUAAGGGAAUCUUGUUCAAUGAAAAUUUUACUAUCUAACUUUAGACAUUCAUAGGUCAUUCUUUCUCCCCCAAAAAGUCCUAAGACUUAGGGGAAGGCAUCUGAAUACAGUCCUUUCAGUAGGCAACUCUCACUUUGUUGAGCACUGGCCCGACGACGCAAGACAAGGUGCUAGCUUCGUCUAGAAUUUACUGAGAUUGCUUUUACAAACGAAUUAAUUGAUGGAAAAAGUAGAAACUACCGUUUCGGAGUUUGAAAUUCCAAAAUCUUCGAAAGCCUACCUCCAGAUUCCCAUAAUUAAAAAGCUCGCUCUCUUGGCGCUUGCACAUUAAUUUUGCCUCUUUCCAAUUUAGCCCGGCUACGGUGCAUCUGAUGUAAGAUUUCUUCAUGAGUUUUACGCUAUGCAUCGCGAAAACUCUUUAAUCAUUUUUUUUUCUGAACCAGUUCGAUUUUUCACACUUGUGAAGGUCAAUACUUAAUUGCACUGACUUCUUUCAGUUUUUGUUUGGCAGUGACAAUUAAAGGGGUAUUAGCUAUUUUGUUCUCUUUGUCUCAGGAUGAGAACGGAAAAGGGUUGAGCGAUGAAGAAAUUGUUGGUGAAGUUAUGACGUUCAUGUUUGCUGGUCACGACACAACUGCUAGUGGUAUGUAUACCACAGAGAUGAUUUUAUUUUUUUUAUUUGCUUUGAUGUCGUUCAUAUUUUGGUCUUAGUGAUUCAUGCAACGGUUUGCAUCUUACUGUUCAUUAGUGUUAUCGUAAUCAUCAUCAGUAUCAUCACUUCCAUUUUUCUCCUUCUCCUCCUCCUCAUCAUCAAAGUCGUAAUCAUCAUCAUCAUCAUCAUCAUCAUCAUCAUCAUCAUCAUCAUUACUAUACCAUGGUAAUCAUGCUCAGGACUACAUUUUGAUCAUUUCCCCUAAGGGGGAAUCACUUCACGCGCCCGUCAAAACCUCAAAAAGGACCCAUUGAUCACUAUUUACCUUAAACUUUUCCUUAGUUAUUGCAUGGACUUUAUACAACUUAGCAAAGUAUCCCGAACAUCAAGAGAAAUGCCGACAGGAGGUCGAUGAAGUGGUUGGGUUCAAUCAAGACUUGGACUGGUGAGAACGUAACUAGUAACCUAACCUAGUGACCUAACCUUCUGUGCUGAAAAUGUAGCUCACAACUUUCUUAUUUUCGCAUCUUGCGAGCCUAGUGCCUGUUCUUCUAGAGCUUAUUCCAGGCUUCUCACAAACCCUCAGCUACACCUCCCACAACUAAUUUCGCUGACUUCUCUGCCAGAGAUAGCCAAGAGACUCCCAUGUAGCCUGGGUGCAAUUGGCGUUUUCUCGUGCGUGGUUACCAUCUUUCUUAUACUGCUACUCAGAGUGUCACCAAUGCCACCAGUAGGGUUCUUCAAUCCCGUACUCCCGAGAGUUGUUUUCGGCAUUUCGUCUCCAGUGCAUAAUUUCAAUCCCGAAUCUCACCCCCAUUUUGCUUUAGAAUCCCGAGCUUCGGCAUUCAAAUAAGGCAAAUCCCGAAUCCCGAAGAACCCGUCGGGGACCCGAUCUACUUAGGCAUUUUCGUUCCCAUAACCACUCCUUUAAUUUGCGACAGACGAGCACACGACUGGCUCUUGCAAUGUGAAUGUUACUCUAGCUACUUUCAAUUGCGCAUGCUCUGAUUGUUUUAACAGGAAACACCUGAGCAAACUGAAGUACAUGCUUAUGUGCAUUAAGGAGUCAUGCAGGAUAUUUGCCCCAGUCCCCAUGAUAAGUCGAUCUUUGGACAAGACCUAUGAAAUAGACGGUCAUCUUGUUCCUGAAGGUAUAUAGACACAAUUGCAACAGGUCUUGUCAAUUUUAAGCCCUGUUAUACAGGGGUUGUAAAUAUCAUAAAGUUCUACAUGUUUCGAGUGUGAGAUGUAAAUUUAUGAAGAAAACUCUCGUACACUUUCCUUACAAUUUUUAGCUAGAUAACUUAAUUUGUUCGCUUUGACUAUACUCGUCUGCCUUUCGUAAUUUUCACUUCUGAUUUAAAUCUGAGUCUUUUGGCAAACGCCUUAAAACAACGACAAUAUUCCACCAUUUCAGGUUCCUGGGUGAUGACAAAUAUAUACGCCCUUCAUCACAACCCGCACGUUUGGAAGGACCCAGAGGUUGGUCGAUGUAAUUUGAUCAAAUAAGAAACUAGAAGGAGUCUUUUAGGUUUAGCGCCGUCAAAUGUCGUGUGAUCUAGUAACCACACUACGCUGGUGGAUCUACAAUCUCGCUUUUGCGGAGAGGACAAGUUUUAUUACUUUUCAAGUACUGUUACUUUUGCAAAAAGAGGCUAUAACUCUGAUAACUUUCCAGAACAGAUCAAAAUCAACAUCGCCAUAUAAAAAAUCAUUCACUGCGUUUUUCCAUUUUAUAUUAUGAUGUAGAUCUUUGAUCCAUUGCGGUUUACAAAUGAGAACGCAAAGGACAUGUCGCCAUAUGCUUUCAUUCCUUUCUCAGCAGGUCCAAGGUAAGCGUUAUGGCAGUCGUUUGUUACUACUUGUUUGAUAAGGUUUAUUGUUGAGCUCCGUAUAUUUUCCCUGUUCUCAGUCGGGUUCCUGGUGAAUAGGCCCUGAGGGAGAGGCCUUGAGGGAAGCCCUUAAUUUAGACAAGAACGAGACCUAAAUAGCUGAGAACACUCUCCCCUUUCCCUAAUCUAAAGAGCUGGAUGAAUGUCCCUCUCUUUUCACUCCAUGUCUGGAUCCGCUCUUAGGUAUCGGGCAGGCGAUACUUAUCCCUAUUCAAUCAUGACUUAAAGUUGUUUCGUUAGCUAAUUGGACAACUCCUUCUGAAAGCUUCGUGACGCCCGCUGGAGUUUGCAAAGGACAAGAACUAACACUAUUCCCAAAUUCAGGAACUAUAAGGAGAAUGUGUACAAGGUUUUGCGCGACGAUUUCUGGGAUCGUUUGGGUGGAAAGCCAUUGGUAAAUGAUUAGUCACUUGCAUUAGGACAACCAUUAACCAGUCAUAAAUUACGUGUGUCCACCUGGCCCCGGUAUAUCAAAAGUUGGAUAGCGCUAUCCACUGGACAAAUCACUAACCAGUGGAUAAGUAUUAGGGAAACCAAUUGCGCUAUCCACUGGAUAGUGAUUUAUCCAGUGGAAAGCGCUAUGCACCAACCGCGGCCAGAACGAUCCAAGAAAUCACUAGGCUUACAACUUUUAAUCACUCUUCUUAUAGUUUCUGAAGUGUGGGAAUUAGUUUUAAGUAAACUAAUCAAGAUAAAAUCAUAAGUGGUAAAAGGAUAAUUCCUUGCGCUCCAUACUACUUCAGCCACGAUACGAUAGAUUGGGGUGUAAGUAAUACGCCAACGAGAGUCAGGGUCCAUUGUUGUUUGUUGUGGUUUUUUCAGUUCGUUUUCCGUUUCUAUGUUUGCUAGGGGGAAACAAGAGAAAUUGAAACAGAAGGAUAAUAGACCCCGAACCUGACCCCGCGGCAGCUUUUUAAUGACACCCGAUAAAUGUUUAAACAGUGAUAUUUUCCCUCUUUCGUGCCUAAUCUAUUUCAAUCUGUAUCUGUCUGAAAUAGGAACUGUAUUGGACAAAACUUUGCACUGACAGAGGUUAAGAUUUCAGUAGCCAUGAUACUUCGCAAGUGAGUUUAACUUAGAACAGCUUUUACGCAUGGAGAUAAAAUGAGUUCGAAAAUCAGGCCAAUGCUGGAGUUUGUUCUACCCAAUUCCGAACCAGUGUCACCUGACACCUCAAACUGGUCGAGUCAAAAACCUCGUAGUAGACUUUUUAAAAGUCCUCCUUUUUUCAUGGUUGGUUAUGCCAUUUUAAAGGACUUUUCAUACUAAUUGUUUGGCGCGAAAUUCACAGGUCAAAAAUUCCAUCAGUGACGUCAUGACAAUUGACCAGUAGGAGAGUGAUGGUUUUAGCCUGACGUAACCUGCUGAUAUUUGACGCCACUCCAGACGCAACAUAUAUCAGUCAUUUUUCCCUCGUGAAUUUAUAAUAUAAUUCAAAUCCAUUCAGGCAAAACAAGUGGACUCGCGACUUCGUCGUUUGCUCGGUUGCUGCGCGACCUCAUUUAUGCCCGCUUCGUUCACGUUUCCUCAAUGAAGCUCGUUUUGCUCGCUUUUAACAAUUUAUUACAGGUCGACUUUGGCAUGCAAGUCUUAUCUCGCAGGUACUAUUGAGGGAGCCAUUGGCUGUCCAAGGCCUUUCUGUUCCCAUUACUGGUUUAUGAAUCCUUACUUAAAUGUGAAUGAAGUUACGCAUCAGGUACCUCAAGUCAGCUUCAAACGCUUGAUAAAAACGUUUAUUGCCAGGAAGGACGAAAUUUCUGUGGCUCAGUACUAACUGAAAGCGUUGUUGGCAUGGAGGCCUUAAGCAGGCUUCAAUCUCUCUCCUUGUUGAGUCGAAGGUGUUAUUAAUAAAAAUAAUUGAUUGUUUUACUUUUCUCUUUAAACGCAGGUUCAAGUUAUCUCUUGAUUCUGCAAACGUCGUCCCAGUGGAUGAUCUGAUUCCUGAACUCAUAUUACGCUCCAAGAAUGGAAUACGGAUUAAUAUCUCAACCCGCAUUUAA